UAUGUAUGAACUGCUUUCCUCAAAAAAUAUGUCACAAACUUUUCAUCUGAAGAAAAAACCAUGGACUUCUCAUCUUUCAAUCUAUCCUCUUUGCUCAUAUUUCUCAUCCCACCUUUAAUCUAUCUAAUACUCAAUCAAAUCAACUCUACAUUCUUUAAAAUCCAAAAUCUACCACCAGCACCAUUCCAAUGGCCAUUAAUAGGAAACAUGCCAAAUUUCAUAGGCAAAAAUCCCCAUAUCAUAGUCACAAAAAUAUCCCAAAAACUUGGCCCUUUAAUUUCUUUAAAAUUAGGAAACCAAAUUGUAAUCAUAGGAUCUUCACCACAAUCAGCAGUUGAAAUUCUUAAAACUCAUGAUAAACAACUCUCAGCUCGUUAUGCACCAAAAGCUACACCAAUUAAAGAAUCUGAUCUUAAAAAAUAUUCACUCCUUUGGUCUACUGAGUGUAACAGUCAUUGGAAAUCAAUUAGAGUUUUGUGGAGGACUGAACUUUUUUCUAAUAAAUCUAUGGAAUUAUUUGCUGACAAAAGGGAAAAAGGGGUUCUUGAUAUGGUUGAUUUCUUGGUAUUUAAACAAGGUAAAGUUGUGAAAAUUGGAGAUGUUGUGUUUAGUGUUGUUUUUAAUAUAUUGGGAAAUAGUUGUUUUUCAAAGGAUAUGAUUAAGUUGGAGGAUGAGAGAGUUGGUUGUCAAAUGAAAGAGAAUAUUUGGAGGUUUAUGGAGUAUAGUACAACUCCAAUUUUAGCUGAUUUUUUUCCAAGUUUUAAUGGGGUUGAUAUUCUAGGUCAAAAGAAAAAAGCAAAGAAGUGUCUUGAUAAUUUGUUUAAGGUUUGGGAAGGUAUAGUCAAAGAGAGAAGAGAAGAAGAGAGUUUAAGUGGAUUUGAUGUCAAGAAACAAGAGGACUUCUUGGAUCUUAUGCUUUCUAAUGGAUUUUCUGAUGAUCAGAUCAAUUACAUGCUCCUGGAAAUAUUUCCAGCAGGGACAGGAACUUUGACAUCAACAAUUGAGUGGGCAAUGGCUGAGCUACUGAGGAACAAAGAAGUGAUGAAAAAACUCUAUUCUGAGCUUCAAAAUGAGAUAAACUCAAACCCCAUUAAAGAAUCAACAAUCUUUCAACUUCCUUAUCUAAAUGCUUGCAUUAAAGAAGUCUUAAGGCUGCAUCCACCUAUAGCAUUUCUACCUCACUAUGCAAGUGAAACAUGCCAAGUUAUGAACUACACAAUUCCCAAAAAUUCUUUAGUUUUUGUGAAUCUUUGGGCAAUUGGACAUGACCCAAAACAUUGGGAGGAUCCAUUCUCAUUCAAGCCAGAGAGGUUUUUAAACUCAAAUCUUGAUUUUAAAGGGCAAGACUUUGAAUUCUUGCCAUUUGGUGCUGGUAGAAGAAUGUGUCCUGGCUUGCCUUUUGCUACAAAACAAGUGCAUUUGAUUUUGGCUUCUUUGGUUUAUCACUUUGAAUGGUCUCUUCCAAAUGAUGGUGAUCCCUUGUUGCUUGAUAUGAAUGAAAAGUAUGCUGUGCCAUUGCAAAGAGAAAAGCCUCUGCUCCUUGUUCCUACUAGGAAGUGAUCACUACUUUCUGCUAUUAAUUACUAUUUCUUUUCCCUGUUUGUACUGUGUACUAAUAAAUACUUGAUUGAACUUUAUGUGGAAGUUUUGUGUUUAACUUUUUA